AUGUCCACCGAGGCCCGGCUUACCAGCAACAUACCAGAUGCAGCUGGUGACAAUGACUAUGGCCACCUACACAACAAUCAUGCCGACGAGAGCAUCGUAGCGGCGGCUACUGAGAAGCAGAUAUCCACCCACAAUCACGAGAAGACUGGGCAAGUUGAAUCGGAGAAGACCACAACGGAGGUGACCGACUUUGAGAAGCAAGUCCCGACAUCUUCAACCAACCAGGUACACGAACAGGAGCAAACUACUACAAAAGAGGAUGACGAUCUCUACCGGGCUGCAUCUACCAUUGCCCCGUCGCAUAGGUCUGUGCAUAGAGAUCCCAUGAGUCGAGUGACUACAGAUGCGGAAGGAAACACUUACCCGGAGGGAGGGCUGGAAGCAUGGCUUGUGGUGCUUGGCAGCUUCCUCGGUCUUUUCGGAUCGCUAGGCCUUAUCAACACCAUUGGCACAUUCCAGGCAUACAUCGAGAACCACCAGUUGAAAGACUACAGCUCCGGUAGCAUUGGAUGGAUCUUCGGCAUGUAUCCUUUUUUGACCUUCUUCUGCGGUGUGCAGAUCGGCCCUAUUUUCGAUGCACGGGGGCCGCGCCUCCUUGUCUUCGCUGGAUCGAUCUGUGAAAUGGCCAUGAUCAUUCUCCUUGGUUUCUGCACCAAGUACUGGCACUUCAUGCUGGUGAUUGGUGUCCUUGGCGGAGUCGGUGCCUCCCUCAUCUUCACGCCAGCCAUUUCGGCGAUUGGGCAUUACUUCUAUGCCCGACGAGGAGUUGCAACCGGAAUUGCCGCUACUGGUGGCUCCAUUGGCGGCAUAGCAUUUCCUUUGAUCUUGGAAGCCCUGUUCCCAAAGAUAGGAUGGGGUUGGGCCACUCGAGUGGUAGCAUUGAUCUGUUUGAUCGCCUUGGGGGUUGCAAACCUCCUCAUCAGAUCUCGAUUGCCCCAGAAGCCAUUCUCGAAGGAGAAUGUCUUGCCUGAUUUCCGCAUCUUCCGUGACAUACGAUUCACUUUGACUACCGCGAGCGUCUUCUUCAUUGAAUGGGGUCUCUUCAUCCCGAUCAGUUUUAUCUCCUCGUAUGCUCUGGACCAUGGCUUUUCCACCCAGUUUUCUUACCAAAUCCUGGCCAUCUUGAACGUCGGUUCGUUCUUCGGCCGAUGGCUCCCGGGAUUCUUUGCAGAUUUCCUGGGCCGCUUUAAUACCCUGAUCGCCACCGUGGCUCUGUGCUUGCUUUGCAAUGCGUGCCUUUGGCUCCCUUCCGGUGAUAGCUUGGCUUUGCUAGUCAUUUAUGCUUUGCUUUUUGGGUUCUCUAGCGGCAGCAACAUCAGUUUGACACCUGUCUGCGUUGGACAGCUAUGCAAGACUGAGAAUUAUGGUCGCUAUUAUGCUACUGCUUACACCAUCGUGAGCUUUGGCACUCUCACCGGCAUACCGAUUGCUGGUGAAAUUCUGACCCGUUGCAACGGAGAAUACUGGGGCCUCAUUGCAUUCACCACAGUCUGCUACGCAGUCGGUCUGGUAUGCUGCACUGCUGUGAAGGUCAUCGAAGUUGGCUGGCGUCGUCCCCUGGCCAUCUACUAG